AUUUUAUUUUUAUUUAAUUCAAUUGCUUUUUGUUUUUUCAAUUCUAUUCUUUUCUCUUCAGAUUGACAAUAGUGUAUCGAAGAAAUAUAAUUUGAUCGGGGAUAAAUAGAUCUAUUUAUCCCCGUCUCAUAUUCAUAAGUUUGGGUUUUUAUUUUACAUGAUUAUAUCAUUCAAAUGAUGGGUUCGUUGGAUUCGCUAUGAAACAACAAGUAUCUUCUGAAUGAAAAAGAAUUUGAUAAAAAGAAAGGCGGUCUAUAAAUUAAAUUUUUCUAUUUAGUUAUAGAAUUUUUUUUAUUUUCAUUCGAUCUCUUCCUAUUUAUGUUCGUAAUCCAUCAUAAAAUGUUUUUUUUUUUUUUUGCUAGUUCAUAGUUCAAUGUUUUGAUGGGGUCGUGCAAUGCAAUUUCUUUAUUUAUUUUUGAUUUAAUUCCGAUCGUAUCUACACACUAUAAUUCUUCGGGUUGCUAACUCAACGGUAGAGUACUCGGCUUUUAAGUGCGGCUAGGAUCUUUUACACAUUUGGAUGAAGCAAGGGAUUCGUCCAUACCAUUGGUAAAGUUUGUAAGACCACGACUGAUUCUGAAAGGUAAUGAGUGGAAAAAACAGCAUGUCGUAUCAAUGGAGAACUCUGAGAAUACUUCAUCCUUACGGGAUCGGUACAAAAUUUUGUUUGAAUUCUUGGAACGGGACAAAAUAAAAUCAAUUCAAAGUUGGGUCGAGUGAAUAAAUGGAUAGAGCUCGAUGGCUCCAAUUAUAGGGAAACAAAAAGUAACGAGCUUAUGUUCUUAAUUCGAAUGGUUACCCGAUCUAAUUAGACGUUAAAAAUAUAUAUUAGUGCCCGACGCGGGAAAGGGUUCUCCCACAAGUGGAUUAUCCAUUUUUUUUAAUAGAUCCUAACUAUUCUCCAUUAUGGAGUGGAGUCGAAUGUGUAGAAGAAACGGUAUAUUGAUAAAGAUAAUUUAUUCCAAAAUCAAAAGAGCGAUCGGGUUGCAAAAAUAAAGGAUUUCUAAUCCUCUCGGUAUCCUAAAUGAAGACAAACCAAUUCGAUGGAAAAGAGAGGAUAGAGGGUCCGUUGAUUAGCAUACUUGUCUCCGAGGUAUCUAUUCUUUUCUUACUAUACGCCUUGUUUUGACUGUAUCGCACUAUGUAUCAUUUGAUAACCCAAGAAAUACCCGACCUUUGGUUCAAAUCUCAUUUCAAAUGAAGGAAUUACAAGAAUAUUUCGAAAUAGUUAGAUCUCGGCAACAAGACUUCCUAUAUCCACUUUUCUUUCAGGAGUAUAUUUAUACACUUGCUCACGAUCAUGGUUUAAAUAGAUCGAUUCUUUACGAAUCUGCGGAAAAUUUAGGUUAUGACAAUAAAUCCAGUUCACUAAUUGUGAAACGUUUCAUAAAUCGAAUGUAUCAACAGAAUCAUUUCAUUAUUUCGGCUAAUAGUAAUAGUUCUAACCAAAAUAAAUUUCUUGGGCACAACAAAAAUUUGGAUCUGAAAAUGAUAUCAGAGGGGUUUGCAGUCAUUAUGGAAAUUCCAUUCUCGCUGCGAUUAGUAUCUUCCCUAGAAGGGAACGAACUUGUAAAAUCUCGUAAUUUACGAUCAAUUCAUUCAAUAUUUUCUUUUUUAGAGGACAAAUUAUCACAUUUAAAUUAUGUGUCAGAUAUACUAAUACCCCACCCCAUUCAUCCGGAAAUCUUAGUGCAAGCCCUUCGCAUCUGGGUACAAGAUGCCCCUUCUUUGCAUUUAUUGCGAUUCUUUCUCUACGAGUAUCGUAAUUGGAAUAGUCUUAUUACUCCAAAGAAAUCCAUUUACAUUUUUUCAAAAGAGAAUCAAAGAUUAUUCUUGUUCCUAUAUAAUUUUUAUGUAUAUAAAUGCGAAUCCAUAUUUUUUUUCUCCGUAAACAAUCUUCUCAUUUACGAUCAACGUCUUUUGGAGCCCUUCUUGAGCGAACACAUUUCUAUGGAAAAAGAGAACAUCUUGUAGUACUUUUUCGUAAUGAUUUUCAAACCACCCUAUGCUUGGCCAAGGACCCUUUCAUACAUUAUGUCAGAUAUCAAGCCAAAUCUUUUCUGGCUUCAAGGGGGACUCCUCUUAUGAUGAAUAAGUGGAAAUAUUACCUUGUUAAUUUCUGGCAAUCUUAUUUUUAUUUCUGGUCUCA